UUGUCUUUUUCAAUGCUAGGGAUUGAACCUAGGGCCCUGUGGAUGCUAGGCAAGGGGUCUACCACUGAGCCAUACUCCCAGCCCUGACUGCUUUUGAUGAAGGUGCCUUGUUUCUGUCUUUUUGAGAGGUUCUUGGUUUGACUCAAUUAUGUGAAGUAGGUGUUCUGUUACCGCCUGUCAGUCAACUCCUUCAGAGUGUGUCAAGUUGAGUGUGAGCCAGUGAAACCAGAAACCCAUUGACUAGUGGGGAUGGGAAAGGAAUGUCCAGGGACCAAAAUCAGUUCUGGUGCCAGGCGUGGUCUUGGGGAGUGAAGGAAGGGCUAUGCAAAUGAGCAUCGCUUUCUAUAUAGGGGCUCAUUCCAACCGCCCCCACCCCCAGUAUCGCUGGAUGCUGAAAGGAAGAACAGGAUGGAGGUGGUGCAGAGAAGGUGCUUUCUCCAUUUGUCUGUUCUGAGUGCUCUGCUGGUUGUGGGGACCGUGGAAGGAUCCAGAGACCAAGACUUGUUUGGUGUUCCGAGGCAGCUUGAAACUACAGCCUGGAACAGGCAGCUGUAUCCUGAUUGGACAGAAGCCCAGGGCCCUGACUGCUGGAGAGGUGGCCAGGUGUCUCUGAAGGUCAGUAAUGAUGGGCCCACACUGACUGGUGCAAACAUCUCCUUUUCUACUACCCUGCACUUCCCUGAAAGUCAAAAGGUACUGCCAGAUGGGCAAGUUAUCUGGGCCAACAACACCAUCAUCAAUGGGAGCCAAGUGUGGGGAGGACAGCCAGUGUAUCCCCAGGAACCUCAUGAAGCCUGCGUCUUCCCUGAUGGUGGACCCUGCCCAUCUGGCCCUCAGUCUCAGAGAAGCAGCUUUGUUUAUGUUUGGAAGACCUGGGGACAAUACUGGCAAGUUCUGGGGGGCCCAGUGUCCAGGCUGAGCAUUGCAACUGACCAUGCAGUGCUGGGCACACACAUCAUGGAAGUUACUGUCUACCACCACCGUGGGUCCCAGAGCUAUGUGCCCCUUGCUUACUCCAACUCAGCCUUCACUAUCAUUGAUCAGGUGCCCUUCUCUGUGAGUGUGUCCCAGCUACAGGCCUUGGAUGGAGAGAACAAACACUUCCUGAGAAAUCAACCUCUGAUCUUUGCCCUUCAGCUUCACGACCCCAGUGGGUAUUUGGCUGAAGCUGACCUCUCCUACACCUGGGACUUUGGAGACAAUACUGGAACCCUGAUCUCUCGGGCAGCUGUGGUCACUCACACUUACCUGGAGUCAGGCCCAGUCACUGCCCAGGUGGUGCUGCAGGCUGCCAUUCCUCUAACUUCCUCUCCAUCCUCUCCCGUUCCAGGCACCACAAAUGGGUACAUGCCAACUGCAGAGGCCCCUGGCACCACUUUGGGGCAAGGGACCACUGCAGAAGCUGUGGGUACUACACCUGGCCAGGUGCCAACUACAGAGCCCUCUGGAACCACAGUUGUGCAGAUGCUAACCACAGAGGUCACAAAUACUGCAUCUGUGCAAGUGCCAAACACAGAGGGCACAGGUAUUACAUCUGAGCAGAUGCUGACCUCAGAGGUCAUAGAUACCAUACUUACAGAGCUGUCAACUAUAGAGGGAACAGUUACAACACCCACCAGGCCAUCUGGACCCACAGUUGCACAAGCAGCAACCACAGACUUGGUGGAAACUACUGCUGAAGAGUUGCCCACCCCUGAGCCCAAGGAUCUGGAUGCCAGCCCAUUAGUGCCUACAGAAAAUUCUACAGGGUCCAUGACCCCCCUGCUGGAUGGCACAGACACCUUAGUGCUUGUGAAGAGACAAGUCCCUCUGGAUUGUGUUCUGUAUCGAUAUGGCUCUUUUUCCCUAACCCUGGACAUUGUCCAGGGUAUUGAGAAUGCUGAGAUCCUGCAGGCUAUGCCAUCUAGUAAGGGGGAUGCAUUUGAGCUGACUGUGUCCUGCCAAGGAGGGCUGCCCAAGGAAGCCUGUAUGGACAUUUCAUCACCAGGGUGCCAGCCCCCUGCCCAGAGGUUGUGCCAGCCUGUGCCACCAAGCCCAGAUUGUCAGCUGGUUCUACAUCAGGUACUGACAGGUGGCUCAGGGACCUACUGCCUCAAUGUGUCUUUGGCUGAUGCCAACAGCCUGGCAGUGGCCAGCACCCAACUUGUCGUGCCUGGUCAAGAAGGUGGCCUUGGGCAAGCUCCCCUGCUUGUGGGUGUUUUUCUGGUAUUGAUGGCUGUGGUCCUUGCAUCUCUGAUAUAUAGGCGUAGACUUGUGAAGCAGGGCUCAGCUCUUCCUGUUUCCCAGAUGCCACAUAGUAGCAUCCACUGGCUGCGCCUGCCCCCUGUGUUACACACCUGCCCCACUGGUGAGAAGAGUCCACUCCUCAGUGGGCAGCAGGUCUGAGUACUUUCAUAUGAGGCUGUGAAUUUCUUGGGGUUGACAGCAAUGUCUAUAUUUUCUGCAGUUUUCCCUUCAAGACAACCAACACCUAAAAUAAAUACUCAGAACCUGAUGCUGUUA